AAACGUGCAUCAAUUACUAAUCGAAAAGUUUUUCAAACUUGUUCUAAACCUAAACUUUUGUCUCUUACAUUUGAUGAUGGACCUUGGAUUUAUGAAAAUCAAAUUUCAGAUUAUUUGAAAAAUCGUGAUAUCUUGGGAACUUUUUUUGUUAAUGGUAAUAAUUAUGAUUGUAUUUAUAAUCCAUCGAUUGUUGAUCAACUUAAACAUACUUUCGAGCAGGGUCAUUUGAUCGGAUCACAUACAUGGUCUCAUCCUGAUAUCACCAAACUCAAAGAUUCCGAGUUCAACGUCGAACUCGAUAGGAUAGAGACCGCUUUAAAAAAGAUACUAGGAGUAGUACCUAGAUAUUUCAGAGCCCCGUACGGAAACACUGAUAAUCGUACACUUGAGAUCUUGGCUAAACGUGGAUAUAAAGUCAUUGAUUGGAGUUUCGAUGCUGGAGAUGCUAAUGGAGAUCCACCAGAAGAUUCAAUUAAAGGUUAUUCAACUCUUUCCAAAUCGUUUCCAACUUCUCAUAUCACUUUAAAUCAUGAAACUUAUGAAACUACAGCAAAUAAAGUAAUACCUUAUGCUAUAGAUGUUUUACAAAAAUCAGGUUAUAAACUCGUUAGUAUUUCAGAAUGUUUAGGAUUUCAAAAUACUCCAAAUGAUUUUUAUCAGUUUGUUGGAAAACCUCAAGAACGUGAUGUGAGU